UCAAAUCUUCUGCCCUCGCUUCAAAUCCGUCCAGAACGAGGAAGGAGACAACCAUUCAAAUCCCAGCGGAAACACACUCCACUCCCCCUCCUUCCUCUCUCUAUCUCCCCUGAAUUUCUAGGUUUCUUAAGCUUGCCCCUCCCUCCGUCUCCUGUCUUCUCCUACAUGGAGAACCCUAACCUCACACUAUCCAUAGACGAAGGCCCCAAGAAGGGGGAAACCUUUGAUCGCAGGCCUGGGAGUUUCAUUCGCAUCGGCCGCGUACUCCGCGGAAAUACCGUCGCUAUAAAGGAUACCGGAAUCUCCCAGAAACAUCUCAUUGUCGAGUUCAACUCAGAGAUCUCUCGGUGGACGGUCACCGAUCUGGGUGCCUCCAAUGGCACCACCGUCAACGGAGCAGUCAUCAAGCCGAACGACGCGUUUACCCUAGCCAACGGCGAUGUCAUCAAGAUCGGUGAAAACACUUUGAUCUCAGUUAAGAUCUCCGUCUCAUCUUCAUUGCCAGAGCCCCGGACGAAACGUGGAAGGCGGGCGGCGGCGGCGGCUGUAAAUCUUCCAGUUGAGACGGAAGUCAAGGCGGAGAAGGCGACUGAUCCAGCCAAGCUUAGGGAGAAGGGCGCUUCUCAAGGUAAGGCAUGUACUGAAUCUUCUAAUGUUGAUGACGCCGUGAAGCGUAUCCCGGAGGAGCGCAAAAGAAGGAUGCGAACAAGGGCUUCCGCGAAUUCUUGUGGGAAUGCAACUAGGGCUAUUGAGCUUUCUGCUAGAAUUUUGAAGGAGAAGAAUGAGGAGAGGGAGGUCAGGCCUGAGAUGGUGGAAUCGCCAACCAAGAUUGGAGGGAGAGGGAUAAGCCGCCAAAAAAGUAGUGUUGAGCCUGCUAGGGUUACGAAGAAAGAUGCAGCCUUGGCGCCUUUGGCUGUGGAACAGAAGAGCGGGAGGAAUGUGAAGGCCUUUUCAGUGGUUAGCUCCGAUAGGGUUGUAGCUAUGAAGGAUGAAGAUGGGGAGGCUUCGGAGAAGAUUAAAGUAUUAGUCAAUGAUGGAAGGCGAGGGAGGGGGCGUGGCAAGAAAAGUUGUGGACCUUCUAGGGUUUUGUCUAAAGAUGAUGCGUUGGAGCCAGCGGUGGUGGAGGGUAGGAUGGGCAGAGUGACAAGAGCGACAACUAUGGCUAUGAACAACUCUGCUUGUUUUUCAAAAGUGUACGAGGGUGAAGCUGAGGGUAUUAAGGAGAAGAAGUUGGAGGAGCCAGCUAAUAAUCGAGGGAAGCAGAGGGCAAACGGCAAGAGGGGUGGACGUUCUAGCAGGAUUUCAAGGAAAGGUGAGAUAUUGGAGUCAGUGGCCAUCGAAGGGACCUUAGAGGGGAGUAUGAAUAGGGCUUUGGAUGUGGUCGCGGCCAGUUCCACAAAGGUCCCAAAAGAUCUCCAGAAGAAGAAAAUGAUGGCGGCACAGGAUUUAAACUCAGUUUAUCUGCAAGAGCAAGAAAAGAAGAAAUCGAUAGUGAAAAAAAAUUCCAGUGGUGAUGGAAAGAAGCUCUCUGCGAGCAUAAAAGUGAGGUUUAGAAUUGAAGAGGCGGAGAACAACAGAAAUAUCAUGAUGUUUGGGCAGUCUAACAAGACAAAAGACCUUCAUUCCCUUGGUGAAGCAAACUUUUCUUAUUCGUGGAGUUCAUUCUCUGAGAUCAGAGGGAUUCCAAACACAACAAGCAAGUAUAGAGAGGAUAAGUUGGUAAAUUGCCAUGCCACUCCUUUUGAAGCAAGGGUUGAAAGAGCACUGAACAAAGGGAUUACUGAAACUUCCUCUAGCGUGGAAACUUGAGGUGUGAGUUUGAUUCCAUGCGGGCAUUCAGCUUCAUUAACUCUGUAAACAGGUCUAAUAUGUUGUCCGUUUCAUUUGCAUGAACUAUUUCAAGGUAUAUUUGAGAAUUUUACUUCUUUUGCAGCCUUUUUAUCAACCUCCUCCAUCCCCUACCUAAACGGUCCAUCGCUGGUAUGAUCUUUGAUACUACCAAGUUUCCUCCUUUUAAACUAUUAGUGAGUGUAUUCUGCUGUAGAUUCUCGUUGAAGCUGCCAUGCCUAUGAGCAAUGUUUCUUCCGAACCUUUGUUUAGUAAAUCAUACCUUACCAUGGGAUUUUAUUACCGUUGUCAUUUCUAGUGACAAGUAGGCAGAAUGAAUACAUCGUAAUUAAUUUUUGUUUCCCUUCUCCUUUCCAAUUUUCAUAUUCCACUUUUUAUGAAAUUCUUUA